CUUUUAUAGGUUAUGGCAUGUCAGGUCUUAUGGAAUUGUCAUCGUGAAGCCGCUAUGGCUGCAGCUGUGCGUGUCCCAGUUGGAGAGUUGCUUCAGCGGUUAGCAACUGGCAAGCGUCUACUGGGCGUAGCAGUCACACCGUUAAGCGUUGAAGUUGCCGUUAUUGGGCCGCCUUAUGAUGCUGCAACUACCUUGCGGUCGGUCUCCGGAGAGUAAUGUGGUGCGGAUGCCAAACCCCACCCAACCCCACAGUGCGCUCCACGGUGGCUGCUGCAGGUCAGGAAAAUUUCUAACUUCGGAGGAACUUAAGGAGGCGCUCAUGGAGGUGCAGGCUGACGCGGUGUUGCUGGGCGGCUCCGCUGCCUUCCGUACGGACGGCUCCACGCAGCUGGGUGUACGGCGGCUGCUGGCGGGGGUGCGGGGGCUCGUGUACGACACGGAGUGGCUGCCCAGGCCGGCAGCAGGGGGGGCAGCGGCAGCGGCGGGGCCAGCAGGGAGAUGCCAGCAGCAGCAGCAGCUGGGGUCCAUGCUGGGCGGUGGAGGAGCAGCAGGGGAGGCGGCAGCAGGGGGGCAGACCGCUGUGCCCAUAUGGCUCUGCCGGCGCGGCGAGGACGACCCGGGCCGCAUGCUGCUGGCGCACCUGCAGGCGCACACCACACCGGAGCAGCGGCUGAUGCUGCGAGGAAUGGCAGGGCAGCGAUAGCGAAGAACAGGGAGGGCAGGAGAAGGGGGAGGGGGGCAGUCAGGGCUGACAGCAGUUACAUGUUCGUACCUUGUACUUCAGGAGUUGUAAGUUCGACUGCCGUACGGUACUGAGGAGUCGCAGCGGACCAUGGAAGGUCACCGUGCAAGGAAGGGCACUGGCAGACUUGACAGAUUUGAUCCGAACACUGCGUUUGUUAGCUUAAGGGGAUCGGCGCGUGAAACGUCCAACACGAAAUAUAACUGCUUGCACAAGACAUAAAAGGACGAAUCGCACUAGAGGCUACUGAUUUUGCGUAAUCAACCUCGCUUGUUGUUAAAGCUUGCAACAGCCAUAUUGGUGCUUAGCUACAACGCUCGUGCAUUGGUUGAGCUCUCAGUUCUUAACACAAUGCCAGCGUGUCGAUUGCAGUAAGAUCUUCAUUCAGUAGCAAGUUAAAUCCCCAAUCGCAUCAAUGUCUGAACCAGCGCGAGUUCUGUUUCUCCUCGUGGAUGGCAUCGGCGAUGUCUCCAUUCCCGAGUUUGGUGAUAGGACGCCGCUCGAGGUUGCGCACGUGCCGCACCUUGAUGCUAUUGCAGCUGGCGGUCUGACGGGCCUGCUGGACCCCGUGGAGCCGGGGCUGGCGUGCGGCAGCGAUACGGCGCACAUGAGCAUAUUCGGAUACGAGCCCAGGAUCCACUACCGCGGCCGCGGCGCCUUUGAGAGCAUGGGUGCCGGCAUCCCCAUGUCCCCGGGCGACAUCGCCUUCAAGUGCAACUUCGCCACGCUGGACCCAGACAGCGGGGUGGUGCUGUCGCGGCGGGCGGACAGGAACUUCGAACACAUGGGGCCGGCGCUGUGCGAGGCGCUGGACGGCCUGCCCCUGCCCGGCUACCCCUCCCACUCCGUGUCCGUCCGCUACGCCACGGAGCACCGAUGCGGGGUGGUGGUGCGCGGGCCGGGGCUGACGGACGCGGUGGGCGACACCGACCCGCUGCGGGACCGGCUGCCGCUGAAGAGGGCGGUGGCGACGGAGGACUCGCCCGAGGCCCACUUCACCGCCGGCCUGGUCAACGCGCUGAGCGACGCCUUCCGCGGCGUGCUGUCCGCGCACCCGCUCAACGCCGCCCGGGCCGCCGCGGGGCAGGGGGUGGCCAACGUGGUGCUGCUGCGGGGCUGCGGCUGCCGCAUCCGGGUGCCGGCCUUCAGGCAGCAGCACGGCUUGCGGCCCUGCCUGGUGGCGCCCACCAAGAUCAUCGCGGGUCUGGGUCUUUCCUUCGACAUCGACGCGCUGGAGGCCCCGGGCGCCACCGGCUCCUACCACAGCGCCUUCCACGCCAAGGUGGACACCAUCUGUGACGCGCUGACGGGCCGCAUCAGGCCCCCGCAGGCGGCACAGCAGCAGGAGGGGGGAGAGCAGCAGGAGGGAGAGCAGGAGGAGGAGGGCGGCGAGGGCGGCGACCGGGGUUACGAGUUUGGUUUCGUGCACGUGAAGGCGGUGGAUGACACGGGGCAUGACCGGAUGGCGCAGAACAAGGUUCGCUUCCUGGAGGUUGUGGACCGCAUGGUGGCCCAGCUGCUGUCCCGGCUGGCGGCCGCGGAGGGGGCGGGCGCGGGGCGCUACGCGGUGGUGCUCACGGGGGACCACUCCACCCCCGUGCUGUUCGGGGACCACUCGCACGAGCCGGUGCCCUUCGCGAUAGCCAGCGUGCGGCAUGCGGUGGAGGCCCUGGGCGGCCCCUCCGCCCUCUCCUCCGUGGACCUGGGCCCCAUCCCGCUGCCGGACGUGAAGAACCCGCCCUCCUCGGAGGAGCUGCGGAGGCAGGCCGCCUUCAAGGACGCCCGGCGCAGGGCUGCUUGGGCGGGGAGACCCUGGGACCUCUCGCUGCCCGCUGAGGUGUUCGGUCCCUGGCGCGAGCCCUGGCCCCAGGCGGUGCGGGGCGAUCCGGUGCGGGCGUUUGACGAGGUGUCGGUGGCGCGGGGGGGC